GUCAAAAUGGAUAAGAAGCGAAUAAUUGCAUUAAUAGAUAUGGACUGUUUUUAUGUUCAAGUGGAACAACGACUUCAACCUCGCCUUUACGGUAAACCGGUUGCUGUUGUUCAACACAGCAGUGUAAAUCACAAGGGAGGAGGUUUAUUAGCCGUAUCAUAUGAAGCAAGGCAGUUUGGUAUUAAGCGUGGCAUGUUUGGAGAUGAAGCUAAAAUUAUAUGUCCUGAAUUAGAGCUUUGCUUCGUACCCAGUGGUGAACAUAUCGAUAAAGCAGAUAUCACGCGUUAUAGAGACGCAUCUGCGGAAGUAUUUAAAGUUUUACAUGAAUUUGAUGCAAGGAUUGUCGUUGAACGUGCUUCAGUUGAUGAAGCUUAUUUAGAUCUUACUUCUAUAGUGAAUCAGACUUUUGAAAGCAUACACCCGUCGAGUAAAUACGGAAAAUCUGAUGCAGUUGACUUAUUUCCCACGACCCACGUUGCUAAUGGAACUGACCUGAAUGAACAAGGAUUAUCAGGUUGGAAAUAUGACAGGAUUGAGUCCUUGCGUUUAUUCAUUCACCAUGCAUGCGAAACAAAAGAUGAAUAUAAGUUAAAGCUGAUUAUUGGAGCUAAUUUAAUUGAACAGAUAAGGAGCCAAAUUAAAAGAGAUACAAAAUUCAGUUGUUCUGCUGGUAUUGGUAGCAGCAAGAUGAUCGCUAAAUUGGUUUGUUCACGGCAUAAGCCCGGGCAACAAAGUGUUAUAUAUGAUGAAGCCAUAACAGAAAUUUUCAAGUAUACACCAAUAUGUGAAGUUCGAAAUCUUGGGGGUAAAUUAGGAAGGCAGUUGAUGAAAAAAUUCAAUAUAAAGACAAUGGGAGAGCUAUCGCAAAUAUCAAUGUUGGAUCUUGUCGAAUGUUUCUCGGCUCAAGCAAAAUGGAUUCAUAACAUAGCACGUGGUGUUGACGAUGAAAAAGUAAAUGCACGGGACAAACAGAGCUCCGUUGCUGUCAGUAAAAAUUUCCCCGGAUCUAAUGCCUUAAAAACCGACGGGGAUGUGAAAUUCUGGCUGGAUGGUUUAAUCAAAGAACUAGUGAAGCGUUUAACUGAUGAUCAGUUAAAGGGUGGUCUUCGAAGUAUAGUAUUUCAGAACAACCGGACAGCUUCUACCCUCCAUAUUGGCUGUACAACAGAUGCACAUGUCACUAGAAGUAUGCAGAUAAAAACAUAUGAGCCACAAGCAUUGUUCACUUCUGUUUGGCCAAUUCUGCGACAUAUAAACAAGUCAUCGAUCUUAGGAACUUGGAAUCCAACUGUGAAGAAUAUAUCGCUUUCCGCUGAUCGAUUUCGAGAAGGAAUCGAUAGUCGUUCGAAACAAAUCACAGAAUGGGUUACAAAAGCAGUUGAUAAAACAAUAAGUGGAGUAGUAGUUAACACCUCCAGUUUAAGGAUGGGCAACUCAAAAAGGACGGUAGAAGCGAUCUCAAACAAGAUCUCACCUAUUGCGGUAGAUAUGAUUAGCCGAUGUGAAUCUUUCUCAAAAAAUUACACAGCAAGAAGAUAA